CAUUUUUUUUAUUUUUCUUAUUUUUUUCUUCAAUCCUUGAUCAUGCCUUUGUGUCAUUUUCUCCAUCCACACUGUCAUACACCCUGCCUCACCCACUUCCCUCCCCUGCACUGUCCUUACCUGUCUGCAAUGAACCAGGCUGGUCACCGGUUGGUCCUGGUGUUAGGUGACCUGCACAUCCCACAUCGGUGUAACACUCUCCCAGCCAAGUUCAAGAAGCUGUUGGUUCCAGGGAAGAUCCAGCACAUUCUCUGCACAGGCAACCUCUGCACCAAGGAGAGUUAUGACUACCUAAAAACACUUGCUGGAGAUGUCCACAUAGUUCGAGGAGACUUUGAUGAGAACUUGAACUACCCGGAGCAGAAGGUGGUGACAGUGGGCCAGUUUAAGAUCGGCCUCAUUCACGGCCACCAGGUGAUUCCCUGGGGCGAUGUGGCCAGCCUGGCGCUGCUGCAGCGACAGCUGGAUGUCGACAUCCUCAUCUCUGGGCACACACACAAGUUCGAGGCGUUUGAGAAUGAGAACAAGUUCUACAUCAACCCAGGUUCAGCCACUGGAGCCUACAGUGCACUGGACAGCAACAUCAUCCCCUCUUUUGUAUUAAUGGACAUCCAGGCUUCUACAGUGGUGACAUAUGUUUAUCAGUUAAUCGGUGACGACGUCAAGGUGGAGAGAAUCGAGUACAAGAAAUCUUAGUGUGACAUGACUGGGGAAGAUAGGGUUGUCGUUUCAUUCCGUUCCACCAGGGGGCAGCAGCUUUCCCACAGUCUCCAACAUAUUGUUGCUGUAACAAAUUUAAAUCUAAACGUCAUAUGUAUUAUAUUGUUUAUACGUCAUCUGCAUUUGAUUGCAUCCAAACUAUCAUUUGGUAAUUGUAGAAAAUGCAAUAAUGUUGCAUGUUUGUAAUCUAGGAACAUAAUUGGUGCCAUUAAAAAAAUAAAAAAUUCCCAUUGAUUUCAUCCUGUACAUGUAACAAGCAUUUAGCUUUCUGUAGUCAUAACUGUCUGUCUUUAUCAUAAUAAAGAACUAACAUCAC